CUCCUUCAUUCCCCACAAACACUCACCACUCCUACUGCUCACUCACUCUCUUUCUUUCUCAUUUAAAUCAUCAUAUUAUCAUAUAUACAAAUAAAUAAUAACAAUAACGAAAUUAACGAUGCCGUCUUCUUCAGUCGUCGUCGUCUCUAAAUGCACCAUACACCCGGACCACAACUCCACCAUCCGUUCCCUAAGGCUCUCCGUCUCCGAUCUUCCCAUGCUCGCAUGCCACUACAUUCAAAAGGGCGUUCUCCUCCCCUCCCCGCCGCUUUCCUCGCCGGACCUCCUCCACCUCCUCAAGCUCUCUCUCUCAAGAACCCUCUCUCACUUCCCCGCUCUCGCCGGCCGACUCCAAACCAACCACGCCGGCCACGUCAGCAUCCUUUGCAACGACCACGGUGUCGAGUUUUUCCACGCCAAGGCCCCCCACCUCACAUCCACCGCAUUGCUUCCGCCGCCGGGCUGCGACAUCCCUCCGGUCUACCGCCGCUUCUUCCAAUAUGAUAACACCCUUAGCUAUGCUGGCCACACUAAGCCGCUCGUGGCCGUACAGGUCACUGAGCUUAACGACGCCGUUUUCGUCGGGUGCACAAUGAAUCACGCCGUCGUGGACGGGACCUCAUUUUGGAAUUUCUUUAAUACCUUGGCGGAAUUUGCGCGAGGAGCCAAGAAGAUCUCCAAAUCCCCGGACUUCACUCGCGACACUGUUUUUGACUCUCCGGCGGUGCUCCCAGUUCCCGACGGCGGUCCGGCCGCGACUUUCUCAGGCGACGAGCCUUUGCGCGAGAAGAUAUUCCAUUUCAGCAGAGAGGCAAUUCUGAAACUGAAAUUCCGGGCAAAUAGCCCGGCCCUCAAGCCCGAAAUUUCAGGGGAAGCAGUGGGAAAGCAGAGGAACGACAGUUGGGGUGCUAACUGCAAAACUAACGGAACCAUAACGUCCGUUUUCGGGGACAUCGUGUCGAAGAAAGAUCCAACGGCUGAAAUCUCUUCAUUCCAAUCACUCUGCGCGCAUUUGUGGCGAGCGGUGACACGUGCCAGGAAUCUAAGCCCCGACAAGACGACGACGUUUAGAAUGGCCGUGAACUGCAGGCACCGGCUGGAGCCCCGCCUGAAGCCACUCUACUUCGGGAACGCAAUCCAAAGCAUUCCGACGGCGGCCAAGGCCGGAGAGCUCUUAACGAACGACCUGAGCUGGGGAGCCGAUCUUCUGCACCACAACGUGGUGGCGCACGACGACGCCACAGUUCGACGCGGCGUCAAAGACUGGGAAAACAAUCCAAGACUGUUCCCGCUUGGGAACUUCGAUGGAGCCAUGAUCACCAUGGGAAGCUCCCCAAGGUUUCCAAUGUACGAUAAUGACUUCGGGUGGGGCCGUCCCUUGGCGGUGAGGAGCGGCCGGGCCAACAAAUUCGACGGCAAGAUCUCAGCGUUCCCGGGCGCCGCCGGAAAUGGGAGCGUGGAUCUAGAAGUGGUUCUCGCGCCCGAAACGAUGGCGGGUCUGGAGAAUGAUUCAGAAUUCAUGCAGUAUGUCUCUGGAGAAACAGUAAUUAAUUAAUUAAUCAAAUUAGCUUCUACUCUUGUGUUGCGUGAUUCACCGUAAUGUUAUUAAUAUGAAGAUGAUGAUGAUGAUGAUGAUGAUGAUGAUGAUUGUGGGGCAGUCAGUACAAAUGAAGUUGUCAUUUUGAUUUACACAAACGUUCGUUCGUUCAUGCCCGGAAUGUGGAGUAGAGUAUAAUCCCUGGUUAGUACUGUAUAAAUAACAACAGCAACAACACGGUUAGGAUUGAGUUGCAGGCAAUGAAAUUGAUGGACAAGACAAAGCAAGGAUAAAGACAAGGCGGGCUGAGAGAGA